CACCUCGCCCAGCUGUGCUCCCUCCCACCUGGCCAGGACUAGAGCCCAUUCCGCGGCUCCUUCUUUCCCAGCUUAUCCUGCUGCUGCUGGACCUAUGCGUAUUAUCAUGUUUUUCCCCCCUCCUGGAUUCCAUGCCCUUUAAGGCUGCACGGAUCAGUCCUGCAGCCAGGAGUUGUUGUUGGGUGUGUAUGUGUUUUGCUUGGAGUGUGCAGCUCAUGAAAAAAAAAAACACCCACAAAAAAAAAAAACACCCACGAUUGAGGCAAAUGGAUAGGGAGAAAUAAGCACCCCAGGCGCCCCCCUUCCAGUACCUUUUAGCCUCUCCAUACACUGUGAUCCCCGCGCGGCUCGCAGGCUUCCACUGCACACACACUCUCGCUCUGUCCUGGAAACUUAUUAACCCUUUUUGGCUUCUUGUUUGCAACUUUUUUUAUUUUUUUAUUUUGCGUUUCUCAGUUUGUUUUUGCUCUCCCCUUUGGCAUUUCUGUGCCCUAUUCACCCCUCUGUCAAGGUGACAUGCGAGAAGGAUGCAAGAUUCGUUUCUGGAUUACUUCCAGAUAAACUUUUGGAUUUUCACAAAGAAAUCGGGUAACUGGGACACCUGGGCGUACGGUGGCUGAUAUAGAAGGAACUUGCAGCAGCUGUAUACGAGAUUGCGUCUCCCUGCACCCCACGUGUCAAUUACGAGCUACCAUCCAGCACAGAGACCCCACAGAAGCAUGUAGACACCACAGGAUCCACUAAUUCCUCCAGGAGUACCCAGUCCCGCCGUAGACCAUCAAGGAGUUUCAGUUUGAUUCACGUCAUGGAGGACAGCUGUGAGUUGGAUCUCACCUACAUCACAGAACGGAUCAUUUCCGUCACAUUCUCUGCUGGGACAGAAGAGCCUAACUUCUGCCGGAACCUCAAGGAGGUGGCACAUAUGCUAAAGUCAAAACAUGGGGACAAUUACCUGAUCUUCAAUUUGUCUGAACGAAGACAUGAUAUCAGUAAGCUCCAUUCUAAGGUGCUGGAUUUUGGGUGGCCAGACCUUCAUGCCCCAGCUCUGGAAAGAGUUUGCAGUAUCUGUAAAGCAAUGGACACCUGGCUGAAUGCAGAUCCUCACAAUGUUGUUGUCAUUCAUAAUAAAGGGAACCGAGGCCGGACUGGUGUGGUCAUUGCAGCUUACAUGCAUUACAGCAAUAUAUCUGCCAGUGCAGAUCAGGCUUUAGAUAGAUUCGCGAUGAGACGAUUUUAUGAAGAUAAGGUUCUCCCAGUUGGUCAGCCAUCCCAAAAGAGGUAUAUCCACUAUUUCAGUGGUCUUCUCUCUGGGGCAAUUAAGAUGAAUAACAAACCUUUGUUUCUGCAUCAUGUCAUCAUGCAUGGGAUCCCAAACUUUGAGUCCAAAGGAGGGUGCCGCCCAUUUCUGAAGAUCUACCAGGCCAUGCAGCCAGUCUAUACCUCUGGAAUAUACAAUGUGCAAGGAGACAGCCAGACCAGUAUCUGCAUCACUAUAGAGCCGGGUUUGCUGCUGAAAGGUGACAUCUUGCUGAAAUGUUAUCACAAGAAGUAUCGCAGCCCAACACGUGAUGUCAUAUUCCGUGUGCAGUUUCACACGUGUGCUAUCCAUGACCUUGGCAUUGUGUUUGGGAAGGAGGAUUUGGAUGACGCUUUUAAAGAUGAGAGGUUCCCAGAAUAUGGAAAAGUGGAGUUUAUUUUCUCCUAUGGCCCUGAGAAGAUACAAGGAAUGGAACACCUGGAAAAUGGGCCAAGUGUCUCUGUUGAUUACAACACUUCCGAUCCACUCAUCCGCUGGGACUCUUACGACAAUUUUAACACACAUCGAGAGGACAGUCUGGAAGGAUGUGACCACGCCCACCCUGAUGCAGCCACGCCCCCCAUCCUAAUUACAAACUCCCCAAUACUGGGAGAAGUUGGACAUACGCAGGGUCCUUUGGAUGGAAGUUUGUAUGCCAAAGUGAAGAAGAAAGACUCAACAAAUGGAAGUACUAGCACAGUAAAUGCCAGUGGCAUCCCCCUGUCUGCCACCCCCAAUCAUAUUGAACAUACCUUGUCGGUAAGCAGCGACUCGGGCAAUUCAACCGCCUCGACAAAAACCGACAAAACAGAUGAGCACGUGGUCAAUGCAGCCUCUAACCAAGGGCUGACACCCGAGGAGAAACAGGAGCUUGAACGGCUUCUCAGUGGCUUUGGUUUAGACACUGACGCACAGAUGCACAAUUUAAAUUCAGGCACAUCUGCAGCAGGAGCAAUGCUGCAUGUGGUCCCGGCACAGGUUCAUGUCAAUGGGAACAGCAUGUCCCCUCCAGCUGAACGAGAGACUGACAUUCUGGAUGAUGACCUGCCAAACCAUGAUGGUCACAGUGUAGGGAGUUUGGGCACACUGUCGUCUUUUGACGGUACCCCUAAUGUAAGUGAGACUGGUUACCAUGAGUCUCCUCAUAUCAACAUGUCCUUAACCAAUGGGCCAUCUUCCAUGAAUGGCAUAGAUAAGCUGCAUAAACAUGGCUUUCUUGGUAAGGAGACUAUGAUUAAUGGUGUGUUCCCAUAUAACAACCAAAACACCUUAAAAAACACAAGUAUGCCUCACUCUCAAGAGAUUAGUAAUCAACUGAGGCCUUCAGUAUCAGCCCAGGAUAAUCUGUCCACUUAUCAAGUGAACCAACCAGCAAUAUCAAAUUGGGGACAACCUCAACCAGAAACAUUAACACAUAAGCACUUAUACUAUUAUGACCCAAAUGGGAUGUACCGCUCUCAGUCCUUCACAACUGCGGAACCGGGAAAGUAUGAAUCCAGUUCACCGUUGCCUCAAGCACCAGCCAGAAGUGUGAGCAGCAGGGAGGCUGUACAGAGGGGUCUUAAUUCAUGGCAACAGGGUGGAAGUCGACCACCUUCCCGUCAGCAGAAUGGGACACCAGAGAAUCAAAGUAUGACCCCAACCCCAACUUCACAACCAAGCACUUUUCAAACUGUUUCUCAAAGCCACAGUAUUCCUGAGUUCCCCAUGAUGGCCUCACAGAAGGAGAUCGAACAGUCUAUUGAAGCACUUAACAUGCUAAUGUUGGACCUUGAUCCUUCAUUCUCACAGAUGCACAAGUCGCAGAGUGUACCAGUUGCUCCAAAAGAUGAAAGAACUAUGCCACUAGCAGGUUCAUUUUCUGCCCAGCCAGCCUUAGGAAUGUUCAGCCAGCCAUCUCCACAGGUGGUACCUGAAAGACAAAGCAGUGCAUAUGUCAUGACGUCACCUUGCAUCCUGCCGGCAGCUCCUGUUAGCCAGCAUCAUACACCUAUUGAGCAAGGUCCCAGAGUGUAUAUGUCUUCAGGAUACGAACCAGUGCGGCUGACCGAGACAAACAGACCUUUGAAUGAGUACAGAGAGCCGUAUUCAUCUGGAACCUAUUCUCAAUAUGGUUAUCCAAACCAGCAGGCUCCUUCGGCCUUGGUGAGGAGUUACAGCUAUGGGACAAGCAGUAGCGCUUCUCCAUCUUCUAUCCCACCAUUGUCUGCUUUUAUACAAAGUAGUCCACAGCAACCUGCUGUAACGUCCCCUGUAGUCACAGCUCAGCUUACCACCAGAGAGGCCCCGGAGGAUGAGCACUAUAAUCUGGAAGGCCUUGUUGCUCACAGAAUUGCAGCGUACAACAGCAAACUCCGGAAUAUCCAUAAAAGUAUGAACACCCCCCACACACCCACGCUUCACCGCCAGCGUUCCUUCACCUUCUCUGGGGUGCAUACACGGGACAAGACCCCAGAUGAGAUUGGAUCUUUAACACGUCGGAGGACAACCAGCGAAGGACAAUAUGAAGACAAUGCUGCAGACCCUAGUUCCAUGAGCAGUCCCACCAAAGUGCGCUCACCUGUCCGAUGCGUCUCGCCAGAAGUCUUCAACACAAUUGCAGCCAAUCCAGGAGGAAGACCAAAGGAGCCUCACCUGCACAGCUACAGGGAGGCCUUCGAAGAAAUGGAAAUACAACCUACAGCGCUCAGCCCAACAUCCUCAGUGGUUCGUUCUCCCCCGGGUUUAGCCAAGACGCCUCUGUCAGCUCUAGGGUUAAAACCACACAGUCCAGCAAAUAUCCUGCUUCAGCAGACUGGAGAUACGGAGACGGUUAUUGAGUAUGAGGAAGAACCCCGCAGUUAUGUUGUAUCAGUGGCUCGGACUGCAGCGACUGGAGGAGGCAGUCCCUCCUCUCCAACCACAGCACAGCCAUAUAAUAUGUACACCUUGAGAAAUGGAGGAAACCCCAAUGCCUUUACACCACCAAGCCCCAUUUCCACUAGCAGCCCAGUUCACAGCACUGAUGGAGUGUCUCUAAGAAGCUGCCCAUCAGCAGAAAGCAGUGUUUGCAUUCCAAAUACCAGUCAGCCCUCUGUGGAUUCCAGUUUUAAGUCCACCAGUCUGUCUCAACCCUCACCACAGAGCAGUUAUCAGAAUAGUUCCCCAACACCAAACAUGGUGCCUCAUGCAGUCAUUCCCAUCAGUGCAUACGACACAUACACGUAUAGCCCAAAUAAUGCUAUCACACAGACAGAUGGAUUUUCUGGGCUCCCAAUGAGUGGACAUGCGGUGCAUAGCAGCCCUCAGCCACUUCACAGAACAGUGGGCACAAACACACCUCCAAGCCCAGGCUUUGGAAGACGAAUGGUUACUCCAACUACAUCAAAUACCCCUGGCAGCCCUAGUUUGAACAGACACCCCCUUGCUGCGCACAGUGCCAUGGUAGCCACACCAAGUAGUCCAAGCCUUGCCCGGCACCAGGUUGUGAUGACAGGAAGUGCCCCUGUGACUCCUGGAAGUCCCAGUAUGGAUCGGCAUGUCAUGUAUGGAUUCUCCAACCCUGAAGAACGGCGGCAGACGCUGUCAAGGCAAAGCAGUGGAUCGGGAUACCAAGCUCCAUCCACUCCAUGUUUUCCUGUGUCUCCUGCCUACUACCAAGGCAUGAGCAGUCCAUCAUCCUCAUCACCAGACUCUACACUCUACCGACAGGGAAGUCCUGUGCCACAGCCUUCACUUCCUGAAAAACGGAGGAUGUCAUCUGGCGAUAGGUCUAGCAGCUUACCUAACUAUUCUACACUUAAUGGAAAGGCAUCUUCACCAAUGUCCAGUGGGAUGUCUAGCCCCAGUGGUGGCAGCACAAUGGCAUUUACACACACGUUGCCAGACUUCUCCAAGUUCUCCAUGCCAGAUAGUAGUCCAGAAACACGAGCAAAUGUCAAGUUUGUGCAGGACACAUCCAAGUAUUGGUACAAACCUGAGAUCUCCAGAGACCAAGCUAUCACUCUACUAAAGGACAGAGAGCCAGGCACCUUCAUUAUUCGAGACAGUCACUCGUUUAGAGGGGCAUAUGGCUUGGCCAUGAAAGUUGCCACACCACCCCCCACCACUGCCCAGCCGAGCAAGAAAGGAGAUGCCACAAACGAGCUGGUGAGACAUUUUUUGAUAGAGACCAGUCCCAGAGGAGUGAAAUUAAAGGGAUGCCCAAAUGAACCUUACUUUGGGUGUCUAUCCGCACUGGUGUAUCAGCACUCAAUCACACCCCUGGCACUGCCCUGCAAGCUGGUAAUACCCUGCCAAGAUCCCUCAGAGGAGACUAGGGAAGUUGCCACUCCAACCAACACAGCCAGUGACUUGCUCAAGCAAGGUGCAGCCUGCAAUGUGCUGUUUGUCAAUUCAAUCGACAUGGAGUCUCUGACAGGACCCCAAGCUAUAGCCAAGACUAUAGGAGAGACACUGUCUGCUGACCCCCAACCCACUGCGACUAUCGUACACUUUAAAGUCUCUGCUCAAGGAAUUACCCUGACUGACAAUCAGAGAAAGCUAUUUUUCCGAAGACAUUAUCCUUUGAACACUAUCACAUUUUGUGACCUGGAUCCACAGGAAAGGAAGUGGAUGAAGACAGAUGGAAACCCAGCAAAGCUCUUUGGCUUUGUGGCCAGAAAACAAGGAAGUACAACGGACAAUGUCUGCCAUCUGUUUGCAGAGUUGGAUCCCAACCAGCCGGCCACUGCCAUUGUCAACUUUGUAUCCCGGGUGAUUGGCUUACAGAAAAGAUGAGCCCUCCACCUAAAUGUCUCAUGUCUACACAUACCCUGAAGUUUGAAAACAAGACUCUUAAGAUGGCAAACAUGAAUGUGCAUUAUGGGAAAGGGAAGCAAUGUGGGUCCCAUUACUGCAUGGGAAGGAUAAGCAACAAACCAAAUACAAAACCAUAUCCAAAAGAGAAAAAAAGACGCAAAUAAGGAAAUCACUAUAAACCCGUUUUCCGAUGAAGUAGAAGACAACUAGUGUGACUGCAGUUAUCUCACUGGAUCUUGGGUCAACUUAUCAAGCGCAUCGUUAGAUAGAGGUGUUCAUUUUAAAUGGACUAUACACCGCUGCAGUUGAUAAACAAUAUAAACUGCUAUAUACAUGCAUAUAUAAAACAUAUCUAGCAUUCACAGAAUUUAUAAUAACUUUAGAAAAAUAUAUUAUAAGGCUAUAUUUUGUAUAAAUGCAUUGAGUGUACAAAGCUACCUAUAUUUACUGUCUUUCUAAAACCACCACUUUUAAUGGACUUUUGCUGUACCAAAAUUAAGCUACCUGUACAUCAUGGAAGAUAGCCGAUUUUGAAGCAUUUUUUGAGCAGGUUUAAUAGGUGGAUUGUUCUUUAUUAGGCAGUGGCAUUUGCUGCACCUAGUGGUCACCGUAACGGUUGCUUUUGUAAGAAACUAGAGCAGAUUUAAUACCAAGGAAUUCGAGCUACUGGGCUUCUCCUGGCAGCUCUUUAAAAAGACAGUAAAUUGUGGUUAGCCUGUUUAUCUGUAUUUUGCUAUCUACCAAGUAGGAAUAACAAAGCAGAUUUUGUUGAACGAUCAACACAACUUCAAAAUCUCACCUAAAAUAUAUUUAUUUCCAAGAUUCCCAGUUGUGUGUAAGUGAGAAAUACAACUUUCAUGUACUAUUUGUUCAAUGCUGGGACUUCGUUAAGAAAAAAAAAGUGCCUUGUAGAAUCACAGAGGUUUCAUUACUUGUUUAUUUCUAAACUGGUAAAGUGAAGCUUGGCCUAGACCAGUGUGUCGCACACUCGGCCCCCAAGACCCCAAACAGUUCACAUUUUCCAGGUCACCCAGCAGGUGCACAGGUGUAUACAUUACUCACUGACACAUUUUGAAAGAACCACAGGUGGAGCUAAUUAUUUCACUUGGGAUUAUGUGAUGAGACUUGGUAAACAUGAACUGUUUAGUAUCCUGAGGACCUAGUUUGGAACCCAUGGCCUAAACCAACACUGUUUUUACUCCAGGAUGUGAAAACUCAUGAAUGAAGAAACACUUAUAAUUCUGUUUGGCUCUCCUGGAUCCUGAUAUACUGUAUAUGUACUAAAGUGUAGCCUUGUGACCCAGUGAUGUCACUGGAUCCUAGUGUAUGGAUAGGCUGCAUUCUCAGUGAUGUCACUGGAAAAUAGUGUAUGGAUAGGCUGCAUUCUCAGUGAUGUCACUGGUUCCUAGUGUAUGGAUAGGCUUAAUUCCCAGUGAUGUCACUGGAUCCUUGUGUAUGAAUAGGCUGCAUUCUCAGUGAUGUCACUGGAUCCUUGUGUAUGGAUAGGCUGCAAUUUAAUGAACAUUGGAUUCAAACCCACAAAAAUGGCAGCUACAAAUGUGUGAAGGGUACACUAAGAGUAUAAUAUUUAGCAAUAUUCCAGAAGAGAGAAAUCAAGACAAAAUUGACUCUGCCCAAGACUCACAGAGCUUUGCCCCAAGUUACAGUGAUCUAUUCUACAAUUUGAUAGUCCAUCUUACCUGCAGGGAAUUGAGAUUGUCGGUUAUACAGUAUGUUAGUAAAAUAUCAUUUGUUUUACGAAGCUCUCCCCGAGAUGAAAGCAACAAGCAGCUUUAUCAGAUUCAUACAUGGAAUUCUAUAUUAAUAUGAAAUCUCUAAUUAUAGUGAACACAGAUUCAUUACCAACUUUGUGGAUAAUCCACUUUAUAAUUUCAGUGUAUUUAUAUAUGUAUAUUGCAUCCAUUUCAAUAUAUUCUUUUAGUGCUGUGUUAACAUAGCCUUAUGCUGUAGCCAAAUCCCACUGUUAAUAUUGUACAAUAAGAUGAGUAGGUAACCUGUGUUCUUACUAAAUACUAGUGAUGAGCGGAUUCGGUUUUACUCGGUUUUACUCGGUUCUCAAAACGGCAUCUUAUUGGCUCACGGAUGUCACGUGUUUUGGAUAGCCAAUAAGAUGCCGUUUUGAGAACCGAGUAAAACCGAGUAAAACCGAACCUCGCUCAUCACUACUUAAAUACUGCUCUGCUCUGCACUGUAAAACCACAGAUGCCUCUGCGCAAACAAAUCCAGACUACUAGAACUAUUGCCCCUGGUAAAGGCUGCUCUCUAGUAAACACUUCUCCAGCCUGGUCAUGAAAUGUGUUCUACUCACUAUCUACCAAACACUACUAUAGUGGCAUCAGGAGAAGUGUGCAGCUCUGCUAACUAUACUACUGAAAUCUCUGCUCUGGGGCGUGCAUAAGCAUCUCUUUGUAAGAAGACUAAUGGAUUGUGCUGUAUGGCUGUUACAUCCAUGCUAUAUAGUACAGUACCUGUAUUAGAAUGACACCAUUACAUGUUACAAGGAAGUAGAACCAAGGGCUACAAAUGGUUAUGUGCAGGUGACAGUGUAGAGAAAAUGCAGCACAUUGGGCCCUCAUUCAGCACAGUUCGCAAUUGCUACUAAAAGUGCUUUUUUUUUUUUUGCCAUCUCAAUUGCAAAGAAUCGCACAGGUGAUUGCCACCCACCAGAAAUGGAAAAUGACGCCCACUGUAGCGUUUACCGCUAUGCAUCGCAAUCUAUAUGCAAAAUCGGGAACAUUGAAGGGGUAAAUUCAAUCUUCGCAAAGCCAGAGCAUCCACAAAUCUGCACAUGCUGCUGCAUGCAAGUGAUCGCAGAUUACGUGAGAGACCCAAGCGCUAAACAGUCAUGACACGCCUGCAUUUUUGCCACCACUCCCACAAAACACCAUGUUACCACCACUAAAUGUUCACUUUCUGUCAAUCACUGUGCGACCGCUUUACUUCAAUAUUGCAAACGCACUGCAAUCGCAAUGCUGAUCUGGUGCAUGUACAUUGCAUCCACAGCACAUGUGCAGUCUUUCGCUAUUCGGCCAAAGUACAAAUAAUCUCAAUAGUGAUCCAUGCUGAAUCAGGCCCAUUGAACGGUAUUUGUUUCUGAGUAAUGGACACUGGAGUAAUCCAUGAUUAAACAUACCUGCUCCAUCUACACUCGUACUCAGAAUAAAAGAACCAUCAUUAUUUGUGUAUUAAGUGCAGCCCAUACUUACUAUAGACCUGCAGUCUAUGUUUUUAUUUGUUUUAUAUCAGAAGCAAUAUCUGCUAUGUUGUCGGCACAUACAGUACAUUACUUUAUAGCAAUCAAAAGCACUCUGCUUGCCAUCACAUUCCGUACCACCCGUCCACAGGCUCUCUAAAUGUCAUAAAGCACAUUUACUUUAGAUACACACAUGCACAUCCAGCAGUAUUCCAGAAUACUAACAUGUUACAUAUCCGUGCAAUCCCACAGCAUUGUACAUACCAUUCAUUGUUGGAUAGAGAAUUGUAGUCGAGCAGAGGAAGCUAUGGGUGUAGCUCAUCAGCUAAGGUGCAAUAUUCGCCAUAACCUCUUAUUUUUAUUGUCUUGCCAAAUUUAUUGGUGAGUAUAUUCAAAUAUGUGCCCCAUUUACAAGUUAAACAAAAAGUGACCCAGGUGAAACCCUUUACAUUUGCCCCAUUAUAAAUAAUCAGUGCUGCAUUUGUUAUGUACUAUUUUCUUUUUUAUUUUAUCUCUAAAAAAUAACAGAAAGCACAUAGUAACGAUUAAUAAUGCAAUAUAUUUUCUAUACCAGACUGACAGAUUUGCCUGAUUUAUCUGUGUUCUGUGGACGCUGAGGGGGAGACAGUUGUAUGAAAAUAAGGAAUUUUGAUAUGUAAAUUGAGUUUUAAUGUCGUUUUACAUACUUAUUUUUUUGCACUUUAGUAGAUGUACCCUAGCUGUCUCUUCCUCUGCACUGUAUUGUGUCCCAUGCAAGCAGUAUAGUGUUAUUUACGCUGCCACACAUGAUUUUAGCACAUUACUAAUCCAGUAUUCCAUCUAACUAUACUCUUCUAGUAUACAGUAAAUACAUGUUGAAUGGGCAAAAUGAGAACAUAUAUAACUCCCAAAGAUCUAGGUGUCUGUAGAAUACAUUAUGCCAAUUCUACUGAAUCUUUGGUACCAUAAACGAUUAAAGAGACGUAACCAUCCCAUGUUAGAAUGCAGCAUUAUAAGUGGCAUUUUCCCUUCGUGUAAAGAAGGAUUUAGCAUGUGAGAGGGAUUGAGAGGAUGGUGAUUCCUAGGGAGGUGUGCGAGUGUGUUUUGUGUGGCUAUACAAGGAACAUGUUGUUCUUUAUAGCUUGACGUGAAGACGGCACUUAUGUAACUGCUGUAACCUUUGGCCCCCUGUGUGUUCCACAAGAGACCACCCCUGAGCAUAAGAACGGACCCCAUUGAGUGCCUUACAAGCUUAACGGCUAGGUCAUUGCAUGCAUAGAGCCAGGCUCUCUGAAUGCAGGCCGGAUAUUGUCAUAGUGAAUGAGGGCCGGAUAGUGUCACCUCUGGCUCCAGGGAUUAUUUUUAGAAGUCUGCAGCAGUGAAAGGGUGUUUAGUGUGAAAGGCUCCAUGCAGUGUUUAUAGGAUGGCUAGUUCAUGUGUUAUUUAUAAAGAAGGUAACCCAUUUGGGUUGUUUUUUUGUAGCAGGCUUAGCUUUUGAUUCUGUAAAUCAGGCCUUAUUGCUGGUGACAAUAAAGGAGCAUUAUUAUAUUACAUGGUACAGGCUCUUCUGAAUGGCACAAAGGAUUAUUUGGUGUAAUGGCUCCUCUAGCAACAGAACUGAUGGACCCUGUCAUUUGGGAGGACACAUUUAACUUCAAAUAAUCAAUUGUGCCCAGAUUUUAGUAACAUUUGUAAUCCAAUAGGCAUAGUGGAUUGUACAUCAGCACUGGAUACAGCUUAGUGCACCACUGUUUAACGUUAUUUGUUGAGUCACAACCUCCUGCAUCUUUUAAUAAGUCCAUUGCUAUACCUUUGUAGUUUUUUUUCUGCGCUUUCUAUCCUUGUAUUGAUAUCAUCAGACAUAGGGGGACAAGUACUAAGCAGUGAUAAAAGUGGAGAAGUGAGCCAGUGGAGAAGUUGCCCAUGGCAACUAAUCAGCAUUGAUGUAACAUUUCUAAUUUGCAUACUUUAAAAGUAUACAGAGCAGCUGAUUGGUUGCCAUGGGCAACCUCCACUUUUAUCACUGCUUAGUACAUGACCCCCAGAGUUAGUUAUUUGCUCUUUGUAUGUGUCAGCGCUACGCAUUGGCUACAAUUGUAUACAGAGGAGCUUUAUGCCUUAUCCCAUGCUAAAGAAAACAAAACUGGUGAUAUAAAGCAUGACUGAAAGGUACUGAAGCGUACCACUAAAAUAUUGUGAGUGGGAAUGUACAAGCUAAUAAACAAACAUCAUACAAAAUCAGGAAAACCCUAGAAAAGUUAGCGCUUGUACACAUAAGCAAUUGCCUUGGACAUGAUUGGUCAUGUAAUACAUCAGUCCCACUCUAUGUGGUAUAUGUAUUAUAAGGUAUUUGUUACACAUAUGGAUGACAUUAUUGUUAAUAGGGAAUUUGGGAACAAAUAAUGGUUUCUCUUAUGUAAGAUCACUUGAUGUUCUAUUUGAGCAUUAUUUGCCUCUGAGGCCUUUUUAUCCUAUAACAAAUCCUGCUGUAAAAUGAAUCAUAGAGAAUAUAUGUUCCCAACCUUUUCCAUUCCUGAUGCUGGGAUAUGUACAGUCCCCGAACUUGGGGAAUCUUGCCAUAUUUGCCUUAUUACAGCGACUCCACCAACCAUGCUCCUAGUCAGCCACUAUAUCACCGUUCCAUGUUACUCAAUGGAUAUAUGCUAAUUAGCAGGCUACCUUUUCUCUAUCUAGUAAAAUGAAUGAGGAAUGAACAGCAUAUAGAAACACUGUUAUGGUUAUAUAAUUAUGUGUCAGCACUUCUCUUAUUCACGCAUGUGAACUCACAAACAUGGACACGGAGAGGGGGCAGAUGGAGUCACACAUGCACGUGCCACCAACCAUCGUGGCCUCCGCCAGGGAGAUCCUCUGACAACCGUCUUCCUCAGGAGGUGAAGAACUGAGGUCUCCCCAGUGCUGAAGAGCCACGUUGCCUUGCAAUUUAUAUUGUUUGCUCUACACUGGACACAAACCUGUAAUAUAUGGACUGAUAACCAAAGACAUAUUGUUACAGAGGAGUUAUUUUGCCUGGCGUUGCCUUAAUAGAGCACUUUGCUAGACAUGUUAUUACUGCUUGGGCAUCCAUGUAUUCAUUCACCCUGUUUCAGUCUAUGUAAUCUCUGUAUUGCAGAACCUUUCCAGAUUCACGCUCAGCUUAAUGCUCACUACCUGGAUACCGAACUCCUUUUUAUAGCUUAGAACAGGACAUCAGAUUGAUCAAGUGAGUCUGCGUGCUAGGACCCAUAGAAAUACAUCAUGGAAAUCUUGCCACCUGCAGUCAGAUCUAAGAUAAUGAGGAUUAUACGUCUUAUUUUUAAUUUUCAUAUAUCCUCUAAAUAUUGAUUUGAUUUAAUCUAAGUCCAUUACAGCCAGUUGGUUUGGUCUAAUUCCAGGAAAAGCAUCUCACUGGAGAGGAUGGACUGUGCUAGAACAAAUACAUGAUCAUUGCCAACCUCCCUGGUUUCCUUAAAGUCUCAGGAAUUCAAUGUUACAUUUUAUUCUCAAAUAAGACAAAAUGUUACAGCCAUUUGCUGCAAUAAUCCAUCACACACAAUACAUAUUAAGGGGAAGGAUAUAUCAUUAGGCGGUGGAAUUGACGAGAAGUAGGAUUUCAUGCACAAUUCUCUACACAUAUUCCACCAUUUAUUAUUUACCUAAAUAUGCUGCAAGAUCAAUAAUAAAACCCAUCUGUUUUCUUUUCUAUGAACCUUCUGUCCCCUUUACACGCUACAUCAUUUGGUCAUUAACACUUUGACUGGUUGAGGUGCCUCCUUUGUUAGGGUUAAGAGUCACUGUUCCACCAAUGCUUUAUUGCCACUGCAAAGGGACACACUAUCGGACGGGAACCACCAUCCACACUGGCGAAAGCGGGAUUCUUUAUAGAGUUUCUUAACACGCUUACUUUAUAUUUUUUGCGUCACAACCUAUCAACAGCAAUCAGUAACCAAAACAAUGAAAAAAAAAAACCUUAAGAAAAAAAAAUGAAUACAAAAAAAAUAAAAGAAAAAAAGAAGAGAAUACCCCCUCUCUGUAUUUAUAUAGAUGGAAAUAUACUUUAUAUUUUGUAUCCAUGUGCUCUUAAUGUUAUCACUUGUAUAAAUAUAUGUGCCAUUUGUUUUUUGCUUAUGUUGAUUAGAAAAUAUAGCUUUCACUUUCUGUUUGUACAGAUGUCUGUAAUUCUUUGCAAAUUAUUGUAUGGCUUUGUAAGUGAUAACAUCAUAUAAAAUAUACUUUUGCUUGGAAUGCUA